AUGAUUUAAUAAUAAUAAAGUGAUCUCUUUUCAUUUACACCAAUCCUUUAAUCGACAUCAUUGAAUGAAAAUUAAUUACCUUCUUAUUCAACAUAUACUUAUGAUUUAUAUGAGAAGAAAUUUAAAAGGACAUCUAAAUUUGUAAAUUUUGAUUAGUUGAAUUAUAUUCCAUUUUAUUCUGCUUCAAUUAAGAUUUCAAAUACUAAUGAUUUCUUAAUUACUGGAGGAGCAGUUUUAUCAGAAGAAAAUCAAGAUUAAUAUUUAACAACUAAUUUUUGCAUGAAAAUAUCUGUAAAUAAUGAUAGUGUCUUAAUAUCAUCUUUUGAUUCAAUUACAUAAACAUAAAUAUUACCAUCAAUGAUAUAUGCAAGACAUAAUCAUAAGAUAUUUGAAUUAAUAGAAAAUGAUAAAAAAGUAUUUAUAGCUGUAGGUGGUUAAUAUGUAACAAAUGAUUAGUUUGGUGUUUUGAAUUUUUGUGAAAAAUUAGUUGAAGGAUCAGAUUAAUGGGUUGAAAUAGCACCCUUAUCAAAAAAUAGAACAGGAUUUUCAGGAUUUGUAUAAAAUAAUAAAAUUUAUAUUUUAUGUGGAAUUUCUGGAUUUACCUAAUAAAAACAUGACAUUAUUCCGCUAACAUAAAUUGAAGUUUAUAAUCUAACAAAAGAUAUUUGGGAAUAAUUUAAAUAUAAAUGUCCAUUAGGAAUCCUAAUUGGUUUAGAUUCUCUUUGUUUACCUAUCAAUGAUACAAAAGUAUUAAUAAUAGGAGGAUCAAAAGAAUAGAGUGCAGAUCAAAUUUUGAUUUUAGAUUAAGAGAAGAAAGCAUUUAUAAAACAUCCAUAAAAGUUAAUGAUUCCUAAAUCAAAAUGCUUUGGAAAGUUUAGGAGAAAUGUUAAAACAAAGAAAAUCAUUCGUGAAGAAAGUAUUUCUUAUAAAAAUAUUUUUAGAUUAAGAAAAUAUAAAAGAAGAAGAAAAAAAUUUGAUAAUAAUUUUAGGUGGAAGCAGUUAUUAAUUAGAUUUAGAAAUAUAUUAAUUAUUAGAUGAUGAAAAUGAUCUAUCAAUAAAAUUACUUUAGAAAUAUGAUUUUAGCGAUGUAUUAGAUUAAGAUUAUGAAAUUGAGGGUCUUCCUAAUAAAACAUCAUGGAAUUAUGUAUUUUAGAGUUUACCAAUUUUAACAGAAUGA